AUGGCUCAAGCGCAGCUAGCGACUUUGGCAUACCCCCAGAUCGGCUCCAUAACCGCUAUAACCGAAUCGGGAGAGCCUGUCAUUGGCAAGUUUUCCACAGCGGCAGCAGAAGCGCUCGUUCCAAAGGGACUAUUUUCCACGGCCGCCGAGUAUUUCACUGCUCUUGGGAAAGCUGCGCCGCGGAGGUCACAGCUUCAAUAUGACGAGUGCAAUCGAGACUCGGGCCAUUUCAGCACGCUUGGUGCCUUCAAAAAUAAAACGGGGGAAGCUCGCUACACCGUUACCACUCCGUCAUUGGAGGUACUGGAUGAAUGGUGGAGACUUGUCCAGGAAAAAGGCGAUCCUAUCGAAAGGAUCAGUCCCGAUCUUUACGUUUACGAUUGGGACAAAAUGUAUCCAUAUGAUACCCUCAAUGAUGACGGUGCUGCAGCAAAACUCAAAGACAGGGUUUUGUUUACCCAUUGGGACUCCGUGGAGGGAAAUUACCACAUUCAACAUAUGUUUCCUAAUCAGCCUGCACCAAACCACAUCACGGGAAAGACGUUCUACAUCCGCUCCAAGAGUGACCCUACCGUCUUCUGGGUUCACGACCCGAACGGUGUCAUCGUGGCUUCCAAGGGACGUCGAACUAAGUUUCAAAUUCAUCGCAAAGACACCAAAGAAGAUGGGGCUGUUAUAAUCCCGAAAGACCAAAUCACAAUCACCUCUGUCCAAAAUAGUCAGCAGGUGGCCACAGACCGCGAAACUGGUCAGCUGGUGGUUAAUAAGGCGGGAGAUACGUACGCCUUUUCAGACCUUAGAGGGCAUCCCUUUGGCGUUGGAGACAAGCAGGGUACUACCAUUGAUCUCAAUGGUAGCUUCCGUUGCUACAAUAUUGGUGAGAAUGUUCCCAUCAUGAAAGUUGACGGCGGUGGCGAUGAAUGGGAACUUGUGGCCUAG